AUGUUGAUGAAAUUCGGACUUCCCAAUGCGGACACAUGGAACACGCUUCCCAAGAUGGAUACUCCGGUGCCUCCGUCUCCAUUUGAAAAUGAGUUUCUUACUAAAUUUUACUUUUCAACAAUGCAAGGAACAACUCCAUUGACCAUUGCAAUAGUCUACUUCACGUCUGUUCACUAUCUUAACAAGCUCAUUCGCUCCAAGCAGUUGCAAAAGGCCAAGGAAGAAGAGAAGAAAACCGAUAAAGUUGUCAAAAGACUUCCAGCUGUGCCUACAGCUAUUUCAAAGACAUCUUUCUUCAAAUUUUUUGUUCUUUUGCACAAUGUCUUGCUUUGUGUUUAUUCUGUUUGGACAUUUGUAGGAAUGACAUCGACUAUAGCUUCAACAAUGGGUCUAUUCAAAAUGCAGAUCAUCCCUUCAUUUUACGAGGCGUUGAAUUUAAACACCGAGAACACUACCGCAUUGAGGAAACUCGAUGUGUUUUUCCAAAGUGUAUGCGACUCGAAAAAUGGAAUCUUUUCGCGUGUUUUGUCGUCAACUUCCAAGAACUUGCAUAAUUUGGAAAUCCUUGGGUUUUGGUUCUACAUUUCGAAAUUUUAUGAGGUGGUGGACACCAUCAUCAUUCUUUUGAAAGGUCGCCCUUCUUCACUUUUGCAAAGUUACCACCAUGCUGGAGCAAUGAUGUGUAUGUGGGCAGGCGUCCGUUUCCAGUCCCCACCAAUUUGGAUUUUUGUUGUGUUCAACUCAUUUAUCCACUCAUUAAUGUAUUUUUACUACUCAUUAUCAUGCUUGCAUAUUAGAGUGCCAACUAUUUUCAAAAAGAGCUUGACAUCCAUGCAGAUCACCCAAUUCAUCGUGGGCGGCUCAUUCGCCGUGUUGCACUGCUUUGUAUGGAUCUAUGACGUAAACAACGUGAAUACCAUUCCUGGACAGCCAAGUACCGAAGCUGCAAAGUUGGUUAGUUGUAUAAGUACACCAGACCAAGCAUUGCCCGUGUUGAUUAAUGUCGCAUAUUUGACACCAUUGACUGCAUUAUUUGCAGCUUUUUACAUUGAGAGUUACUUCAAGAAGAAGUAA